AUGACUGAUUCAUCAUCAUCAUCUUGGUAUCAAGUCUAUGUAAAGCUCAGAUUUUUUUCCAGAAUCCGACGGUUGCUUGUCCACAAGAACUCCUCCAGCAAGCAAUAUGGGCCGUCCGCCAGUCAGUCCGGUGAUCAUAGGCGGACGCAAGAGAUCAUCGUUGAUCAAGGAGAGACGAGAUUUGUUGCAGGGAUCAGUGAAAGUAAUAAUUGUGGUGGUGGUGGUGGUGAUGAUGAUGAUGAUGAUGAUGAUGAUGAUGAUGGGAUUUUGCAGAGGUCUGUGAAGAGUCUUCACUUUGGGAGCCGGGAAGAGAAGGCGGCUGCAGCCAGAGAGAUUAAGAGGCUCGCCGGAGAUGACUUGAGGCGGCGGAAGUUGAUGGCGGCCCUUGGUGUUAUUCCGCCGUUGGUGGUCAUGGUUGGUUCGGAAUAUGCAGCAGAUCAUCGGAGGUUGGCUGUACAAGCUUUACUUGAGCUAGCUAACGGCACCUGCACGAACAAGGCUCUCAUCGUGGAGGCGGGAAUCUUUCUAAAGUUAUCUCAGAACGUUAAUAUCGAAGAAUCUAUCAAACCUGAAUUUGCACAAUUAAUCAUGUCGUUAUCUUCACUAGUGAAUGCUCAAUUUCCUAUUGAUUCAUCAAAGAUUCUUCCACUGGUUCUGUACAUGCUUGAAUCAAAUUCAAGCGUUGAGACCAAACUAUUGUGUCUGGGUACACUGUAUAAUCUAUCGAACAUGAUAGGCAAUGUUGGAUCGUUGGUUACGAAUGAGGUGAUACACAUUCUAUUGAAGUUGUCAUCAAUGAAAGAAGCCUCAGAGAAAGCUCUUGCAACAUUAGGGAAUCUUGUGGUAACUUCGAUGGGGAAACAAGCAUUGGAAAACAGCCCACUAGUGCCUGAAUGUUUAAUAGAGAUUUUGACAUGGGAUGAUAAAUCUAAAUCACAAGAGUUGUCUGCUUACAUCUUGAUGAUAUUAGCUCAUCAAAGCUCUUUGCAAAGAACGAAAAUGGCAGAAGGGGGAAUCGUGCCCAUUCUUCUUCAAGUAGCCUUGUUAGGAAGCGCACUGGCACAAAAAAGGGCUUUAAAGUUGUUGCAAUGGUUCAAAGACGAGAGACAAAUGAAGAUGGGACCUCAUUCGGGGCCGCAAACAAGAAGGUCAUCCUUCAGCUCGCCAAUGAAUCAUGUGGAUGCUGGUGAAGGCAAGAAGUUAAUGAAGAAGAUGGUCCAACAAAGUUUGUACAAGAAUAUGGAAACCAUUACCCGUCGUGCAAAUGGGGAUUCAGAUAAAUCAAAUGCUAAACUCAAACUUUUGGCGAUUAGUUCAAGUUCAAAGAGCUUGCCAUAUUAGAUACAUAAAGAAAAAUACAAUUUUACAUCCAUUGAAGUGCACUUUUGUGCAUCUUUUCAUUUCUUUGUACAUUAUAGGAAAAACAUUUGUUUUGUCGAUCAAUUUAAUAAUAAGCAAAAUAUUUUAUGUGA